GCGAGACUCUUUACGCCGGAGGAGACGCGCCCGCUGCGGACUGCUUCUCCCGGACACCGACACACCGACACACUGACAGUCUGCUGUCCCCCAGAAUGAUGCUGCAGCACCCGGGCCCCUCGCUGGCCGACAUCAGCUGCUCCGCCAUGGUGCCCUGCCUCUCGCCGCCCGGCGCCCUCACGCUGGACGACUUCACCCACUUCACGCCGCUCGUGAAGGAGGAGCUGCGACUGGCCAUCCAGAGCCGGCGCCUGUCCGGCGGGCUCAGCACCGACGUGAGCUCCGACGGCGCCAGCUCCGGCUCGGAGCGCCGGUCCGGCGGGUCCGGAGUCCGGAGAGAGGUCACACCUCAGGACCACGAGAGGAGGAAGAGGAGGAGGGAGAGGAACAAAGUCGCCGCAGCCAAGUGCCGCAACAAGAAGAAGGAGAAGACGGAGACUCUGCAGCAGGAGUCUGAGAAGCUGGAGGGUGUGAACAGCGACCUGAAGGCUCAGAUCGAGGAUCUGAAGCAGCAGAAGCAGCAGCUGGUCUACAUGCUGAACCUGCACCGGCCCACCUGCAUCGUGCGGGCGCAGAGCGGCCAGACGCCGGAGGACGAGCGCAACCUCUUCCUGCAGCACGUCCGGGAGAGCGCCGCCUCCUCCUGCGCCUCCUCGUCCCUCUCCACGCUGUCGCCCCUCGACGGAGGACUCCUGACCCUGGAUCACAUCUUCUGCGCCGGUCUGUGAGCGGCCGGCGGACAUCUUGUUUCUUCUUCUGAGACGCGAGGCCGGCGGGGACGCCGCUCAGACUCCUCCCCCGGGACGCCUCCUCGGCCUCCUGCUCCUCGCCCACGGCGCUGCGACAAGAGACCUCGCGACUCCCCACGGGAGGCGUCCACGGCGGCGGCGGCGGCGCAUGUUUGACCCUCUGGAGAACGUGAGCGGACGCCAAGCGCCGUCAGACAACGACGCGUCUCCUUUGUUUGUUUGAAAUUGUAUUUUUUGAAUAGAUGAAAGUUAGAUUUUUGUACCAAAGAGUUUAAGAGAAGUUCAGAUGGACCGCGAGAGCGCUCGGACCGAAACGACGUCGUUGUUGUUGUUGUUGUCCUGAAUGUUGUUUAUUUAUUGCGUUACUUUAUGACAUGCCUCUCCUUCAUCCAGAUGUUCAGGUUGUUUCUUAUCAGCAGUUACAAAAAGGGAAAUGUGUAAGGGUUAUAAUUAUGCACUUAUUAAAAAAGUAUAGUAAAAAACAUCCAUAUAAUAUAUAAUGUAUAAUCUAUACAUAUAAUCUAUAUAUAUAAUGUAUAUAUCUAUACAUAUAAUGUAUAAUCUAUAUAUAUAAUGUAUAAUCUAUACAUAUAAUAUAAUCCUCUACUUUUUCUGAACAAGUGGAGAUUUGCCGCCGAGCAGAACCGUGUCGGACGCUUCAUUUAACGGCUGCGUUCCUCUGAAGGAAACUGAGCCGCUGACUCUAAAACAAAUAAGGUUGUUUUUUUAAAAGUCAAAAUUCCCUCUUAAUAGUUUUAUCUUUGUAUUUUUUGCGAAAGCUACUUUAAAAAAGACGUUUUUUUAUCCAAGUGUCUCUUCAAACUGAGUUCUACGGGAUUUACGUUUGGACAAAUGGCGUCAGACCGUAAUGCUGUUUUACCGAACGGAGCUUGAACGCAUCACGAUCUCAUGCGAGCUCCGUGAAACGUGGCCUAACCCUCCUCGGGGGUCUCAUCGUCAAGGAGACGGACUGUUUCACCACAGGUGUGGCGUACUAGCAGGACGGGUCAGGCAGCGAGUGAUGUGUCGUUGUUGUUGUUGUUGUGAGCCGAUCAUCAAACAACUCUUUAGUUUUAUACUCUAAGUCUCCUAAAUGGGAUGGACUGCGCUCCCUCUGUGCUGGACGUGAACACCGGUCGCCUCCUUUGAUCCCGUCAGCGCGGGUAAAAGAAAAGAGAAGAUGGUUUAUUUAAAUAAACCAAUAAAUAAAUUAAGCAAAGUUCUGAGGAUGUUUUCUUGUUUAUUUGACUCAACACGGCGUCAACACAACCAGACGCUGGAACCCCGAGCGUCCCGUAGCUCCGGUGGCUCCAUUAGCGCCAUUAGCGUUGGGAGCUCCGUUAGCUCCAGAGGUUUUCUUUGAGGAAGAACUCGUGUGUGUGUGUGUGUACAGGAGGUUUAUAUUGUCACGCGGCUCAAGGGACGCUGGCGUUCAGAGUGUUGUUGUUGUUGUUUUGAUGUCCUCUCUGAGUUUGAUCGUAUGUAUUUUAUUGUGCCGUCUUCGUGGUUUCAUGUGUGUUGACGCCUAAAGGAAUGAACUUCACCUCCGUCCCCUGAUCCGUCAUCCCUUUGUUUUUGAUACUUUGUUAAUUAAAUAUAUGUUUUGCAAAUGUAA